UUUAGUGAUAACAUAACAUCAACAAACAACGAACCAUCGAAAAUGUUUUCUAAGAUUAUCUGUUUACUCGGCUUUGCAGCCAUCGCUAGAGCUGGUCUCUUGGCCGCGCCACUUCUUCAUGCAGCCCCAGCAGUCGAUUAUUACGCGUAUCCAAAAUACGAAUACAAAUAUGGAGUAGCUGACCCUCACACUGGUGACCACAAGUCACAGUACGAAGUCCGAGAUGGUGACGUAGUUAAAGGUCAAUAUACUGUUGCCGAACCUGACGGUACCCUUCGCAUUGUCGACUACACAUCUGACUCCCACAACGGAUUUAAUGCUGUUGUCAGAAGGGAAGGUCACGCCAUCCACCCCCAACCCAUCGCGAAAGCCUACUUAUCUGCCCCUAUCAUUGCAAAACCUCUCAUUGCAGCACCCCUUUCACUUGGAUACGGCCACGAUCAUUAUUAAGUUGAAAAUGGGUGAACGCGCGGUUACGGAUUAAAAGUAGACUGUUUUUGGUGUAUUUUUUCGUAUGCCAAUGGGAUUUGUACCUUCUUUACCUCAUCUCAUUUUUUUAUUCGUUCGUUUCUUCUACUAUUCUUCUUAUUUUUUUGUAUACACGCUCAUA